AUGAGUUAUAUCAACAAACGGAUCAUUUGCAAGUGCAAUAAGAAGUUCAAGGCAGUCCCAGGCACACAUUUACCUGGUGGAAAGGAAAGCUCUCCUGGUUUGAGCUGUGCUGUGACGGUUGGUGAGAAGAGAAAGAGGAGCGAGUGUGGUGACGGUUACAAUGCUGCGAAUCGCAUUCUUGUGCUCAACAACAGAAGAAGGGCUUCGAUUGAUAAUAGAGAUGCAAGAGAAGAUUCUGAGAGCGGAAAGCAAGUCCAUGAGGCUGCUAUUGAUAAGGCUGUUGACAAUAUUAGAAGAGGAUUGAAUGAUAAUGGAGAUGCAGUAAGGCGAGAAGAGUCAGGAUGGGGGAAGCAACUCUAUGAGGUUGAGAUAAACAUUGUAAAAACAUUUCCGAGUGUCAUAAACACAAAGCAGAAGAUUGGUAGAGAUCAAGAUGCUCAAAUGGGAGCUGUUAUUGACAAUAACAGACAUGGAUUCAAUGAUGGUGAAGAUGCAUUGAAUGAAAACCAAGAUGAUGUGAGGAGCUCCGGGAGUUUUGAGGUGGAUGCAAACUCUGAAGAUGUUAUUGACAGGGCUCUAGUUAAUAAUACAAGAGCAUUCAAUGAUGAUGAAGAUGCAGGAAGACGAGAAGAGUUGGGAUGUGGGAGGCAACUCCAUGAGGUUGAAGAAACUUUGCCAGCGAACCGAAUGUUUAAUGAAGAUCAAGAUGCUGUGGGGAGCUCCGGGAAUCUUGAGGUGGACAAAGACUCUGGUUUAUGUGAUUCAGGUCCAGGAGUCGCCGUCAAGAUUUCUGAAUGUGCUGGUCCGAGGUUUAACGACUUUAAUAAGGCUAGGGAAAGGGCACACUUUUCAGAUUGUCAGACAUGGGCUUUGUUUGAUGCAGCAGAUGGGAUGCCAAGACAGUAUGCUGUGAUCAGAAAAGUUUCAGCUCCUUCUUUCGGGCUUAGGAUCACAUAUCUAGAGCCUGAUCCUGAUGAUGAAAGAGAGAUCCUAUGGUGUGACGAAGACUUGCCUGUUUCUGUUGGUAAGUUCAGGUUUGGGAAAAACCAGAACACCAAAGAUCGUUCCAUAUUCUCACAUCGCAUUCGUUGCCAAGGAUGCAUCAUGACCGGUGAAUUCAGCGUUUCCCCAAGAAAAGGAGAGACCUGGGCUCUUUUCAAGAAGUGGGACAUCGACUGGUCAUCAGAGCCAGAUUCUCACAGGAAAUAUGAGUAUGAUAUUGUUGAGAUUUUGUCUGGUAAAGCUGAUGGAGCUGGUGUAUCUGUUGCAAUCUUGCAUAAAGCAAAAGGCUUUGCAAGUGUCUUCUUUCGGAUGGGAAGUGGUGAUGCAGACACAAUUCAGAUUCCGUCUCACAGUUUGUAUCGAUUCUCCCAUAGGAUCCCUUCCUUCAAAAUGAAAAGAGUUGACAUGAAAGGUGUGCCAAAAGAUGCUUACGAGCUAGACCAAGCUGCUCUACCGGAAUCAAUGGAAGAGAAAAUAGUCCCUACUCAUCUAUACGCUGAGCCUAAACCAGAAGCUCUCUGCUUUCCUUGGAAGGGAAAGGUUUUUCAAACUGGUCAGAUCUGGUCAUUGUACAGCGGCAACGUUAGCAUGCCUCUCUACUACUGCAGAAUUCAAAAGAUCACUCUUAUUCGGGCAUUGGAGCAGGAACCAGAAUUGAAACUACACGUUGGUCGGUUAAAGGCUAUGCCUUUCCCUGAGGAAGUCAUCCAGUGGGAGGACAAGAGAAUGCCUGUUGGUUGUGGAACUUUCUUGGUGAGGGAAAUCAAUGGCGUAAUCACUACAGAUGAUGUUUCGCAUCAGAUACUGCCUCAAACCUCUCUGGAAGGAGAUGAAUAUACCAUUGUGCCCAAGAUUGGGGAUGUUUGGGCCAUAUACAGAUUGUGGACUUGCGACAAGAAGUUCAAGGACGUGGGUUGCUUCGACUAUGACAUUGUGGAAGUUCUUGAUGACACCAUGGACUAUAAGGUUUUAGCUUUGGAGGCUGCGUUGAAAGUUAAUGAAGGUGGAGCGAAGAAGACAGUCUUUAGAGCAGCUGAGAGAAGGCAUCCUGGUUGUGAAGAUGAGGAUGGCCCAGAAGUGAUAUUUACGAUUCCAAAGUCGAAAAUGCUUAGGUUCUCGCAUCAGGUUCCUGCUUCUCGAGUAACCAAGGAGAUAGAGGGAGAGAUGAAAGAGCUUUUUGAAGUUGAUUCCAGAGCAUUGCCUACAAACGUUAGAGUUCAAGACCGUUGA